GAGUUGCAUAUAUGCAUAUAUGAAAACUAAACUUUUAUAUUUCCAAUUUCUUGAGGCAAGGGCCUGUCUCUGUACUAUAUAGAGUGUCUGCCCGCUAUAUGCGAAAGUGUUCAUUGCAAUAUAAAAAUCAUUGCAUCUGAGCUGUCAUGACGUCGCUUGGUCUUGCUACCAGACGAGCCCAGCCUCAACUCACUCGCGUGACGAGGCUGGAAGAACAGCUUCGGAGGAGUAUAUCAACUAUUGAAUUAGAUAGAAAGAAAGGAGACAGAGAACGAGUUGUGAUUCUUGGCUCAGGCUGGGCAGGCUUCAACCUCUCCCGCAAGCUAGACAAGAAAAAGUACCAACCCGUCGUCAUCUCCCCCCGCCCCUACUUCGCCUUCACACCCCUUCUCGCCUCCACCGCCGUCGGCACCCUCGAGUUCCGCACCGCCAUCGAGUCCGUCCGCGCCCGCGUCGCUGACACAGAGUAUUACCAAGGAUGGGCGGACGACGUCAGCUUCGCCGACAAGCGGAUCACUGUCGAGGUCAAUGCGAUGAUGACGCAGUCGACGGCGCCGAUGCAGACGGCAGAUGAGGCGGUUGCGCCGGGGACUAAGAAGGGGAAGAGGUUCAACCUGGAUUAUGAUAAAUUGGUCGUUGCAGUGGGGUGUUACUCGCAGACAUUUGGGACGCCGGGUGUGAGAGAGAAUGCUUUCUUCCUGAAGGAUGUGGGUGAUGCGAGGAAGAUCAGGAAGAGGAUUUUGGAUUGUUUCGAAGAAGCAUCCCUUCCCUCAACACCCGAGAAAGUGAAGCGACAACUCCUAAACUUCGCCGUCGUCGGCGGAGGACCAACCGGCGUCGAAUUCUCCGCCGAGCUCUUUGACCUCUGCAACGACGACCUCCGCAAACUCUACCCCUCCCUCAUCCAACACACCCGCAUCAGCAUCUACGAUGUCGCCCCUACCAUCCUCUCCAUGUUCGACAAGCGGCUCGCCGACUACGCGACUAACCAUUUCCGACGUGAUGGGAUAGCGAUCAAGACUUCGCACCAUAUUAGGGGUUUGCGUCCUGGGCUCCCGGGGGCGGAGGAGGAGGAUGGGAGUUCGGGGUUUACGUUGACGACUGAGGAGGAUGGGGAGGUGGGGGUGGGGAUGUGUGUUUGGUCUACUGGGCUGAUGAUGAACCCCUUUAUCCAAAAGGCGCUUAACGAUGUACACAGCUACCCUAGCGCCUCUAUCACCACUCCCCCAUCCAACUCCUCAUCCCUUCCCUCUCCCCCACCAGAGUCCCUCAACUGGCACCUAGCACGCGAUCCCAAAUCCGGCGGUCUGCUAGUAGACUCCCACUUCCGCGUCCAGCUCAACGGCUCCUCCCCCAACUCAACCAACCCAACCAACACCACCACCCCAUCCAAACCAGCAACAAUGCAAAACGUCUUCGCCCUCGGCGACGUCGCGGUCCCUCACUCCGGCCCCCUCCCCGCCACAGCACAGGUAGCGAAUCAAUCUGCGCUCUGGCUCGCGCGGCGACUUAAUGCGGGGGAUGUGGGGAGGGGAGGUGGGUUCUCGUAUAAGAAUUUGGGGAUUAUGACGUAUUUGGGGAAUUGGAAGGCGAUUAUGCAGACGGGGGGGAAUAGUGAGGUUACGGGGUUCGCGGCGUGGUUGGUUUGGAGGGGGGCGUAUUUGACGCAGACGAUCAGUUGGAGGAAUAAGUUGUUGAUCCCGAUUUAUUGGCUCAUCAAUUGGGCUUUUGGUCGUGACAUUGGCAGGUUCUGAGGAACUCGGGGCGAAUCUGUUAUACAUAAAACUAGCGCAUAUGUCGAGUCUGAGGAUACCGUUUGCCCUGAGAUGACAAACUGAUGUGCACCUCUAUGUACACCACUGGAUGUGCGCAAGGCACAUAUCCUCUAUCUCAAGCCCGGGCACAGUGCUGCCGGCGAGUGAGACAUUGACGGGCUCCAUGCGAAGCCUCGGAAGUAAGAAGCAGAUACGAUCUGCUAUCAUCCGGAGGCAGUUAAAAGCGAGAUAGAUAGUAAUCGUACUAGAAUGCAAG